AUGGAAAUCUAUCACAAUCAAGAAUGGGCUAGAGAUGAGCGCUAUUCUUCUUUUUGGGCCCACUACAUGGCUGUGGAGAAAUGGCGAAGUGACCAUGCACAUAUGGCUGAGGUGGCAUGUCGAAUGGUUCGUGGAAAGGCAAAACCUUAUCAGAAGAAAAAGCAAGGGUCGCGGCAAGGCUCAAAAAGCAGUCCGAUGAAGGGCAUGCCCAUAAAAGUGAAGGAUGAUGUCGCAUCUGAUCCACGGAGUGAUGAUGUAGAAAAGAAUGUCGAUAGACCAUCAGUGUCUGUCGAAGUCGAAGAAAUGUCUGAGGAGAUGGUAGCUUUUUUCAGGAAAACGAUUGAACAUCGUAAAUCUCGAGCUGCUGAAAAAGCGGAGAAGGAACGUCUUGAAGCGGAAGAACAUGGAGAAGUAGAAGGGCAUUGGAUACGUCUGAAUAAUGAUGACUAUGUCAUGGCCGAUAAAAGUAAGUUACGCAGUCAGUCUUGAUU